AUGCAAAUUAUUUGUAGCAUUUGUAUUGAAAAUAUUACCGAGCCAGUAUCUCUAACUUGUGGACAUGUCUUUGAUAAAACAUGCAUUCAGUGUCACUUUGACGUAACAACUUUAUGUCCUCUUUGUAAAUAUGAUUGUCAUAAUGAUUCUUUUAAAACUCUUUAUUUGAGCACAGUUGACCCGGAAAAAGAAAAAGAAGAAGCUAAAGCGUUACAUGAAACGAGUUUGAACAUAACAGAUGAGCAUAUGUUUUUAAUACACCUAAUAGAAGACCUUGAGACUAAGCUAGCUAUUCGUGCAAGCUCUGUUGAGGAAACACGUACAUACAAUACUCUCAGUUAUGAUUUGACAAAAUAUGUUAACGAAAUUGACUCUAAGAAAGCACAGAUCCAAACAAGAUAUCAGCAUGCUUUAAAGACAGUUAGCGAAUACAAUAGGAGAUGCUCUAUUUCACCAGAUAUAUCAAAGAUGGAUAACUUAAAGCAGGACUUGAAAAACUUAUUCAAAGAAAUACAUACGCAGUAUAACAAGCAAAAGACUCAACUUUAUAUCGCUAGAAAAACAAGCAGAUUAAUCGAUAAAAAACUUAACAAAUUUGAUAGUUUAAUUGUUCAAAUUGAAAAGAAAGCUACUGAAUAG